GUAGGGAAAGAAUUGCACAGAGUUUAGUCCAGUUGCAUUACCACCGUAUAUUGAAAUGGGCCGCACAAAUCCACACUUCAUCCCACCACCGCCACAAUCGAUCCGCCGCGCCCAACGAGCCAAAGAAGCGAAACACAUCAUCAACAAUGUCAUCCCAGCUCUUCUAAAAAGCGAUGCAAGAGCAAGAAAGGGUGUCGACACGGCAAGACUAAUCGUCGACCCGCCCUUGCGGUUUAUAGGCGACGCAGACACGGAAGCACGUGACACGCGAGACGACGAUUUCGGAAAGAAGGGCAAAGGCAAGGGCAAGGGCAAGGGCAAGGGGCGGAAGAAGCGGAACGAUGACAGCGCGGACGAGGUAGAGGACGACAGCAGCAACAGAGGCGAUGCGAAAAAGAAGAAAGCGAACAAUGAUGCCCGCAAUACAUCUCAGUCUACAUCUACAUCCGCCUCCCGUUCCUCUCCACCCCCUAGCAUAUCAAUCCACAUCACGGACUCCCUCAACGCUGCCCGCGCCCUGCUCUCCCCAUCGCCCUCCUCUUCCAAGUCAACUUCCAAGCCAGCAAACAUAGCUCUGCUGAACAUGGCCUCCCCGCUUCGUCCCGGCGGUGGCGUGUACCAGGGCGCCACAAGCCAAGAAGAGCAUCUCUGCACACGCACCACUCUCCUCCCCUCACUACGCGAAUCAUGGUACCGCCUACCCGAGCUCGGCGCCGUGUACACGCCCGACGUGCUCGUAUGGAAAGUGGGCGACGAGGAACUCAAGAAGAGCGGCGGCAGCGGCGGGCGGUUCUACGUAGACAUCAUCAGCGCGGGUGCAACACGGUGGCCGGACGUCGAGGACGCGCCGGAUGGCAAUGUUGUAGGCAAGGGCAACGGGAAUGGCACAGAGGAGCAUGGCGGCGAUGCGAUUGGCGAGGAUGAGGGACCGGUGCGCAAAUGCUAUGCCUCGCCGAAGACGCGUGCUCUGAUGCUGGCGAAGAUGCACGCUGUACUGCGUACCAUAUCGACGUAUUCGCGUGCGACGCGCAUCGUGCUGGGUGCGUGGGGUUGCGGCGCGUAUGGACAUCCUGUGGGUGAAGUAGCGGCGUUGUGGCGGAAGGCUAUAGAGCUUCACUUCUCACGAUUGGCGGAUGGGUCUGGAGAGAGAGCGCGAGAUAUAAGAAUGGUUUUCGCGAUCUCUAAUCCAGGGCUUGCGUAUGCGUUUGCGCGGGCUUGGGGCACAUCGCCAAACAUAGAUGUCCUGGAGUGUCGAACAGUCAGAGAUGGAGAUGAUAGUGGUAGUGACUCUGAAGAAGCCAUCGCACAACGCAAGCGAGCUGAGCUGAACGCGAAGAUCCUGGAGAUGGAGGGACAGAUGCGGGAAAGUCGUUAUCCGGAGCGAGUACGUGGCGUACUGGAGGCGUUGAGGAAACACAGAGAUGAAAUGGGAGAUGAGGAUGAAGAUUCAGAUCGGGACAUUGAUGAUGGUGGUGAUGAUGAUGAUGAUGAUGGGGAUGGUAAUGCAGGUGGGAGUGAUCGCGAGGGAGAGAGUAGCAGUGGUGACGAGAAUGAAAGCACAAGAGACAGUGACACAUACGAGGGCUCGGAAACGGAUACGUAGACAUUAUAUCCUGUGUCGAUUCCUCAUAUCAUCAAGAAUACGUACGUUAUACCCUACUCUUGUACAU